AAUCAACAAAGUGUUGCAAUGGAAGCAAUGCACCAGUGUUUUAUUCGAGUUCUUCAAAGAGCACCUCCUCAUAGAUGGACAAGAUGCAACUUGUACUGUAUUCAAAGGCAAUCUCUUCAUCAUGAUUUUUUGAGGGAAAGAAAUUCGCAAUUGACAGAAAAAAAUAUAUGGACAGAAAAAGCAGUGCAAAGAAAGGCAUUGCUCCAGACUGUUAGUGCUGUGCACUUACAGACAAACAGACAUAUGGCAGGUCAUAAUAAGUAUUCCAACAUCAAACAUCGUAAAGAAGCGCAGGAUUAUAAAAAGUCCACCAUGAUGAACCAGUAUGUCAGACUUGCCAAAACAGCUGUAAAAGAGGGAGGUUCUACAGACCCUAAAAUUAACCUGAAGUUAGCCCAGGUUUUAGAGAGCAUCAAAAAACAAAGUCUGAGUGUUGACGCAUUCAACAGGCUGCUGGAAAAGAUGAAUAAAAAGGGAAUGAACUCUAAAGAGCAUAUGUAUGAAGUGAAUGGACCUGGAAAUUCUAUCUUCAUUGUUCUCUUGGACACGGACAACGUCAACAAUGGCAGAACGGACUUAAAGACGGCCCUGAAAAAACUUCCAGUGAAGAUCAGCAACAGUCCUACCACAUUACAUUAUUUCAAGCAGCAGGGAGUGUUGUAUGUGAACCCUGACCCUAACCGACCUGACCUUGACCUUGAGGAAGUAGCCAUAGAAUGUGAAGCAGAGGACGUCACCAUGGAGACUAAUGAGGAAGGUCAAAAAGUCAUCAAGUUUAUAUGUGAUCCUUCCCAGCUAAUGGAGGUAAAGUCCAGAUUAGAGGCACAGAAUCUGACCGUGGACUCGUUUUUUGAAGACUAUAGUCCGUUAAUGCCUGUGUCACCCUCGGAGGCAGAGCAAGGGGAGAUAAACACCAUCAUUGAAAGGCUAGAAGGGACAGAGAACUUUGUACAGAUGUAUUCUAAUAUAAAAUCCUGAAGUUUUUUGGUUAAACUUUUGUAAUUUAUUUCAAAGACAUGUUGGGGAAAUCUGGAGUGAUUGAUUCAUCAGUUUUUUAAUAGUAAUUGUUGUCAGGAAAAAUCAAUGAUAUUGUCUUAAAUUAAAACAAUCUACUAAAUGCAGGCAAUAAGAUCGAUAUAUUUAAUGUGAUCCAUGAUCUGACUCAUCUGAGUACAGUAACUAAAGUGACAGUGUGAAAAGUUUUUAUCUUAAUAUUUAUGGAAAAAAUAUAAAAUUAAAAAAUGUUUGAAUA